AUGUCGGAAAGCACGGUCGGAGCUGCAGGAGCAGGUCAAGAAGGCUCCAACAAGAGAGUGAUAGCAAUAUCCGUUGCUGCGCUGGGCUUGCUGUUGAUAGGUGGGGCUGUCAUAUUUGCUUUCACAGCUUUAUCCGGUGGCGACACUGGCGAUGCUGGCGGCGCUGACGACUCUGCCGGUGGCAGCGACGGAGGGGUACAGUAUGAUCCUCCCAGUGGUGUGGCCUCCGCGGACAGCCCGUCUUCGUCUUCGUCUACGACAAGUACCACUACAACAACUACGACAACUACAAGGCGUCCCCUGACCGACGAAGAACUGACUAAACUGGCUGAAACGCGUCCCAUCACAGUCCUCUUCGUCGGUGACCACAGCUACAGUACGAUAUCGAAGGAACAAUUCCUGAUAUAUGCACAAAGCCAGCUUAACAUGAUCAAUGCAGCCUUUGCAGAAAAUAACAUCAAGCUGAAGAUGAAAGUAUACGACACCUAUGUGCUGAAUGAGGAACAGGAAAGAAACCACCUCGUGGAAAUUCCUGGGAGACAGUUUCAGUCAAUUGACUUAGAAAGAACCUCUGAGAGACUUAAGGGAAGAAUAGUUGAAUACCCUGGGGUCAACGAGUCCGACAUCGUCUACGUAUUUACGAGAAAGCUCCUCAGCAAGGAAGGUUCUCAACAGACUAGUUGGGACUGGUACGAAGAUAAAACAGGACCCUGUGGAGGACGUUUGCUGCCCAACAUCUACUACGACCCUCCCUUUUCCUACCUAGCUGUUACACAUUGUAUGUGGUCCAACACCCUGGUCAGGAUAGUGAACACGAGUGAAUGCGAUGACAUGCAUCUUGAUCAAUGCUACCAACAUCUCAUCCCUGCAUAUAAGGACGACUUGAAUAGAAGUCUAUGCUACACAACGACAGACACGCAAAAUGCGCCUACAUUUUCAGGAGUAGUAGGAUUCAACGUAGAUAAUUUCUGUAAGGCGAGCGCUCUUAUAGAUGGACUAACAGCGGGCAAAGGCUCUACAGUGAGCAAAUCGUGUACCACGCAGUGUGGGGUUUCGGGACACUCGUAUGACACCAACUUCUUUGGUCCAUGCAAGGCUCCGCAGACUCCCGGACAAGCAUGCUUCGACGACGACGAUGCGGUACGUGCACGUUUAUCUUCUAAUUGGACAACCAACUUUAUUAGCUACGCCAUGACUAGAUAGAUUGACAGAAAGCACCAGAAUCUUUCGUGAAAACUGGCUGCAUCAUUCGACAUUCCGUCAAACACUCUUGAAUGCUUUAUGCUGGCACUAUAGGACAUUGAUCCCAAAUUUUUAAUCAAAGCCCCAAAAACAAUCCAAACGACGCACGCUUAGACACAGGCAGACACGACGCAGACACCUAGCUUCUUUAUGUCUAGAGAGAAGUGCCCGUUUCAUCUCUGAUGACACAGCUUGCAGCUCACGCACCCGUUUCAAGCGUCUGAAAAACGUCGUCCCUUCCAGAGCUCGCUCUGUCCUUCAAUCGUCAUUCGACUAGUAUACCUUCAACUCAUAUCUAAAUAUAGAGGUGAUGGACAUGUAACACAACCCUCAGGAUAGCCUAAAAUGUCUUGCACUCGUCCGCUACCAAUCUCCUGGAUCUGUCAACGCGGCUGUCAUACGCUAAUAUGGCAAAUACUCGAGCCCUGACUUCGACCUGUUUUGGAUCAAACCUCCAGGACGAGAGGGCACUGAAACAUCAAGAGAGUCACCACGUCGAUAGUCACCACGUAGUUGAUACUGAGACAGUUACUGAGUUGACUGAGAUCAAGUUGAUAGGAUGAUCUCACAAUCACAACUUAGCACGCAGACGCUUCAUGGACAGACCGCCGUUCUUUCAUCACGCCAUCCAAGAUACUGCAGGCACCUGUGAAAAUAAACAGUAAAUACUUGAAACAAGUACACUGAUGAACAAUUUGUGCGCGUGUGUAUUUGUGUGUGUGCGUGUGACCACUGUCAGUGUCUCAAACAACUGAACUACGCAUGCACUAUUUACACACGCAAUUUCUGCUACAAAAUUCUGCUACCCCAGGGAACGGGUUCACUCCAAAAAUCGAAGUACGAUUAAUUAAUGCAUCACUGAUGCGGCGGAAUGCCGGUAUUGAAUGAGGAAGGGAGCGGAGAGGUUUUUCUCCGGCGCUACGCACAUCCAUCAGACUGUCACGAUUUUCCAACUCGGGAGUUGUAAUGCUAAAACAUAAAAUGGUAUUGUACUUUGUUUCGUGUUGAAAGAUAGAAUAAAUUAAUUAAUUAGCAUAGUAAGUGCGAAUUUAGGGGUAGUUCCUUCGUUAGUCCCACUUAGUUCGCACUUAGUAUUCCAGUUUGUCCUUCAGUUAUUUUAUUAUUUUAUUUAUGAAUUAUAUAUUUUCGAUUCUUUAACUUUAUUAACGCCUUUCUAGUACUCGAAAUCAUUACAAACUUUCGACCACCUUA